CUGUAAGCCCUAGUGUUGGGCAAAGGCAUCCAAAAUAGCGCUGGCCGCUCAGCCGUCGCUGCUUAUUUCCUCUCCAUUUAAGCGCCUGCCCGUGCCCUAACCGCGCCGCCGCCGGUCGCAACGCCUUCCGUGGGUGCCGGACCCCAUCUCCACCAACGCGCGGCGCUUUUGCGCGCGCGGGGCAGCCCCUGUUGAUACAUCCAGGCCGGGGCUAACGCCACCCCAAAAAGGCCCCGCCGCCGCGCCGCCGCCGCCGCCGCGGGCCAGAAGAGACGCCGCCGGACCUCCGCCGUCAUACGCACCUUCGAACGCGCCGCCCCGCCGCAGGUAAAAGUAACUUAAGCAACCAUGCGCGAGAUCGUCCACAUCCAGGGCGGCCAGUGCGGCAACCAGAUCGGCGCCAAGUUCUGGGAGGUCAUCUCCGACGAGCACGGCGUCGACCCGACGGGCACGUACCACGGCGACUCGGACCUCCAGCUCGAGCGCAUCAACGUCUACUACAACGAGGCGACGGGCGGCCGCUACGUGCCGCGCGCCAUCCUCAUGGACCUCGAGCCCGGCACGAUGGAUUCCGUCCGCGCGGGCCCCUUCGGCCAGCUCUUCCGCCCGGACAACUUCGUCUUCGGCCAGACGGGCGCGGGCAACAACUGGGCCAAGGGCCACUACACGGAGGGCGCCGAGCUCAUCGACUCGGUCCUCGACGUCGUGCGCAAGGAGGCCGAGUCCGACUGCCUCCGGGGCUUCCAGCUCGUCCACUCCAUGGGCGGCGGCACGGGCGCCGGCAUGGGCACGCUCCUCAUCUCCAAGAUCCGCGAGGAGUACCCCGACCGCGUCAUGUCGACGUACUCCGUGAUCCCGUCGCCCAAGGUGUCGGACACGGUCGUCGAGCCCUACAACGCGACGCUCUCGGUGCACCAGCUCGUCGAGAACUCGGACCAGUGCUUCACGCUCGACAACGAGGCGCUCUACGACAUCUGCUUCCGCACGCUCAAGCUCACGACGCCGACGUACGGUGACCUAAACCACCUCAUCGCGGCGGCGGUCUGCGGCACGACGUGCUCGCUCCGCUUCCCGGGCCAGCUCAACUGCGACCUCCGCAAGCUCGCGGUCAACAUGGUCCCGUUCCCCCGGCUCCACUUCUUCAUGGUCGGCUUCGCGCCGCUCACGUCGCGCGGCUCGCAGCAGUACCGCGCGCUCACGGUGCCGGAGCUCACGCAGCAGCAGUUCGACGCCAAGAACAUGAUGUGCGCCGCCGACCCGCGCCACGGCCGCUACCUCACCUGCUCCUGCCUCUUCCGCGGCCGCAUGUCCACGAAGGAGGUCGACGAGCAGAUGCUCAACGUCGUCAACAAGAACUCGUCGUACUUCGUCGAGUGGAUCCCGAACAACGUCAAGUCGGCCAUUUGCGACAUCCCCCCGAAGGGCCUCAAGAUGGCGACGACGUUCAUCGGCAACACGACGGCCGUCCAGGAGACGUGGAAGCGCGUCGCCGAGCAGUUCACGGCCAUGUUCCGCCGCAAGGCGUUCCUCCACUGGUACACGGGCGAGGGCAUGGACGAGAUGGAGUUCACCGAGGCCGAGUCCAACAUGAACGACCUCGUGUCCGAGUACCAGCAGUACCAGGACGCGACCGCCGAGGAGGAGGGCGAGUUCGACGAGGACGAGGAGGGCGACGACAUGAUGUAAGCGGCGCGCUGACAUCCCGCCGCGGCCGCUGCGGCGCGGCAAAGCCGGCCCCCGGGCCCCCGGGGCACGGGCCGUAUCCCCCCCGCCGGGCGCGACCCCGCGACCGGCGACACCCUGUUAACUUCUUCCUCUCGGAAA